AGUCAAGGAAAUUGUCUCGGUAGUCUGCGAGAGGAGCAGAUGCUUUCUGCUUGGUAAAAAAUCUAUUUAGAAAGGGAAGGAUGACACUGGAGCAGAGCUGGCAGUAACAGGUUGGAGUGCCUCUUAAGGAAUUCUUACCAAUCUGAAGCUUUAACUCUUCAACACACAAACUUCCAGAAAAAAAAAGACGUAGUUUGAGAAUGUUUGGAAACAACGGACCUUUCUCAUAUUCCCCAAGGGGUUUCUCACAGGAGGACCUCCCUCAGCAGAGGCGAGCUUUUCAACAAGAUGACUUCAAGGGUGCUCCACUGCAGGGAAACAACAUGUCCAGACCCAGUGGAAAAUCAAUAUACAUGCAGAGAAAGGAGUACUCCGAGGUACUGAACAAACAUCCUGACAACUUUCAAGUCAGAGUGGAGCACUUGUUCACCUGUGAGCUGGACGGCCAGGAAGUGAAGACGAUUGACGACUGCUUGGCCAAGCUUAAGAGGCUGGAUGCCAAAAGUCGCCUGUGGCCUCAGGAGAUGAUCAUGGAGGUUCAGGGUGGAUAUCUUCUGCUCAGUGAUAUCGAGACCAAGGCAGAGCUGGAGUCGCUGCCUUUGAGCUGCAUCCUGCAAACCAAAGCUGUGCUGGAUAGCUGUGCCUACAACUCUCUGCUGACAGUAACUGUGCAGCAACACAACAAGCACAUCCCUCAGGUCUUCAUGUUCCAGUGUGAGGAAACUGGGGCAGGGGUCGUCAAGAGUGAUCUGGAUAAGGCAGCGCAAAAAGGAGGUGACGUUGUGGAGCCACGCAGAGAUCAGUCUGACAUCAGGAGUAAUCUUGAGAACAUCAUCGGGCAACAUGUUCCAGGAGGUUUACGGCAGGCUGGGCCUCGUCCUGUGCAGCGAGAGAGGACCCCACCACCACCGGACCACCCGCCCCCACAGUGGAGGAGCAGAGAACCAGAAAAUAUGCCAUCUCCACCCUUCUUGCCCCCACAAGAGGCAACAAUGCACCAUUCUGAUCUUCAUGAAUCACAGAGUAGCCCAGAUGUUGCUGAGCAAAUGAACAUGAAGAGGAACACAGACAUUUUGAACCACGUUAUAAACGAUUUGGAGAUCUUCAUGGCCAAAGUGUCUGCUGCGGCAAAUGCUUCUUCUCUACCACAAAAGGACAAGAGCAAGAACAAGCAUGCGUUUGGGAAGAAAAAAUCUAAGAAAAAUGCACCAGCAGCAGCUGACAGUCUGCCACCCUGGGAGGAAUACGUCUCCUGUCUUCAAAAGAUCAAGUAUGGAUUCAAUCUGCUGGGCCAGCUGGACGGGACAUUAACCAGCCCCACAGCUGCUGACUUUGUCCACAUCUUCUUCACUAGUUUAGGCAUGAUACUGCCUCAGUAUCCUGCGGACCUGCCCCCCACUGUGUUCUCCCCCCUGCUGACAGAGACGGCCCUUCGGCUGCUCACUCAGGUCGUCGACCCGGAGGAAGACCAGCUGUGGAGGUCUCUGGGAGACUGCUGGAACUUCCCCAGGUCCAGAUGGCCGGACGACAAUGUCCCACUUUACAUCCCCGAGUUCUACGACGGCUGGCAGCCGCCUUCCCCCUCACACACGCCUUCCCCACUCCUUAGUCGGGACGGUCCGAUGAGGAAGAGCCAGAGUUUACCAGCCGGCCCCCGUAAAACACCCCUGUACAUGCGGGUCAUUUACAACUUUGUGGCCAGGAAUAACCGAGAGCUGAGCAUUAUGAAGGGAGAUGUUGUACAGGUGGUUCAAAAAUCCAAGCAAUGGUGGCUUGUUCGUAACGCUCUCAAUGAGGAAGGCAACGUUCCUCAGAAUGUUCUGGAGCAUAUGGAGAGCGAUGGGCCCGUGGAAGAUCUACCGAGGAACACUCCUGGUCCUGUGACUCUGGACAUGUCUUCCCCACCUGCGGAGGUUAAAGCAUGGCUGGAGUACAAAGGUUUCUCCAAAAUCACUGUGACCAGCCUCGGGGUGCUGACUGGUAAACUGCUUCUGGGGAUGACCAAGGAUGAGAUUAGGACUGUGUGUCCUGAGGAAGGAGGCAAGGUCUUCUUCCAGCUUCAGGCCAUUAAAUCAGCCAUUGCCCUCGCCAGUGAACCAUCGGGCCGGUACAACGGCCACUACUAAUGUCCUGCUUCACUUUGGGUUUUCAUCUACAGAUCAUCUGGCAUUAUUUUCUAAUUCAUCCUCUUGUCAUAAAUUUGUUGCUUUAGGGAAAGCAUUUUACUAAAUGAAACUUGACAUGUUAUACUUUGUGUAAUGUAUCAUCGGCAGCAAUAAUUGUG